UCCUCAGUCGUUUGUUCCUUCACAAUCGAGGACCGUUCAACGAGGGUUACGUUCCUUUCUUCCUUUCCUCUAAUUUCAGAUUACGUUGACCGUGUCUGCGUUCUCUUCUAAUCUACCGCCAGUCGGAGUCCACUCUUUUGUAAACACUACUUUCUAGUCACCCUAUCAUCGUCCUAUCAUAUCUUCGUUAUCCAUCAUCAUGAGAGUCUCAUCAGUUUUCUCGAUCCUGCUCGUCGCUGGUGUCGCCAGCGCCCAAUUCGGUGGCCAGUUCGGCGGCGGCCAGUUCGGCGGCGGCAACAAUCAGAACAACAACCAGAACCAGAACAACAACCAGAACAACAAUGGUCAGAACAAUGGUCAGAACAACAACAACAAUAACAACAACAAUGGUGGUGGUGGCGGCGGUGGCGGCAACUUGGCUCUAAACCCGGCCAAUGUCCAGAAGAAUAGCCAGGCGACAGGUCUCGAAGGGGGGGCUGAAGCCGGACAAGCUGCUUCUAAUACUGACAAUGCCAACUUCAUCAACUUUUGUACCGGCAAGACACUUACCAAUGGACUCCAGACCCGUGGUGGGUCGUGUAACGGAAUUCCCAUGGGAGAGAUUCCUGCUGCAAGCCGUAUGGUCUCUGCUGUCUUCACGAGCCCUAAGAACGGUGAUGUGGUAGCUCCAGAUACUGCGAUGAAAUUCUCGGUCCAGAUCGCGAACCUGCAAGCCGGAACAUUCACGAACCCCGACAACACGUACUAUGCUGCUCCCCAGUCUCUUCAAGGAGGUCAAGUUGUCGGCCAUACUCACAUCACAGUACAGGAUCUCGGCGGCAACCCCAACCCUACUCAACCACUCGACGCUGAGAAGUUUGCAUUCUUCAAGGGCAUCAACGACAACGGCAAUGGCAACGGACUUCUGAGUGCAGAUCUAGCCGAUGGCCUUCCUGAAGGAUUCUACCGUGUCUGCUGCAUGUCCUCGGCUAGCAACCAUCAGCCAGUACUUAUGCCUGUCGCCCAGCGAGGUGCUCAAGAUGAUUGCGUCCGGUUCCAGGUAUCUGCCAACGGAGGAAACAAUAACAACAACAAUAACAAUAACAACCAAAACCAAAACCAAAACCAGAACCAAAACCAGGGUCAGCAAGGCCAGCAGCAGCAAGGUCAACAGCAGCAAGGUCAACAGCAGCAGGGCCAGCAAGGCCAGCAAGGCCAGCAGGGCCAGCAGGGUGGCGGCCGCCGCGGACGUGGGCGUUUCGGACGUCCCAAGUUCGCUGCUCGUGACUUCAUCGCCUAGACGGUGGCAUUCCACAGCCAUAUUCGGGCUCUAAGGGUGGAACGUGGUAAUAGUACUCUCUUCUGCCAAACACAGACAGCUUAACUCAGUCCUCGGGAAGGAUCUGAGACGCUAGUUCUGCAGGUGCUUUCUCUUUUCGACGCAUUUACGAUACCUCUGUAAAACUAUGAUCAAUACAAGACUCGCGUUCUUACUUCACAAUAUGCCGCCUCAUAUC